UGUUUCAACUCACUUGACGCAGAGGCCAUGGCUCCCUCAAUGAAGGUCGUUUUCGGACUGUUAACGUUUGUCACCGCCGGCAUGAUAAUCGGUGCUUUGUUUCAGUUAGCAUUUAUUUGGAGAUUGGAAGAUUCAUAUGGCAGUGCAUUUCCAACAAAAAGAGUGCUUAUAAGUCAGAAUGAUGGCUACCUUAAGCUGCCAAGAGGUUUUAGUAGUUGGCAAGGUGACAGAGAUGCGGAAAUUUUACGUCUUGGAUAUGUCAGACCUGAAGUAAUUAGCUGGUCUCCUCGAAUCAUCAUACUUCAUAAUUUUCUCAGUUUGCAGGAAUGUGAUUAUCUUACAGCAAUUGCCCGCCCUCGGCUUCAGAUUUCCACUGUGGUGGACACAAAAACAGGGAAGGCAAUGAAAGGUGGAGUUCCUUCAUGCUGCCUCUUGCCUAUUGCGACAUUGAAUUAGCUACAUGUUUUUGACAAAGAUGGUAUACAGUAACCUGAAGUCUUCAUUUCUUAGGGCCAAGUUUCAAUAGGGUUCUUCAGCCAGAUUAAGUGAUUGACCAUGAAUUCAGGCACUUGUAGUUUAUGCUGAAGAGAAGCAAUCAAACUUUGCUCAAUUUUGCAAUGUUGCCCUUCUUUAUCUGUUGGGUGUAAUUAAGGCCUUGAACUUUUCAAUUAUGAAAGUUAUUAUGUUUUUAGUUUUAUAUGGUUGCAAUAUGAUAUAGGUGAUAGAGGCAUGCAAUGAGUGUAUCUUUUUCUGUCUUGGUUUCUUCAUUUGUUUCUUUUGCUAAUGGUCCCUUAUUUCUAAGAAAAAAAUAUAAAUGAUUGAUCUCAUGGUGUACCUCUUUUUAGGGGAUUAAGAGUGAUGUGAGAACAAGCUCAGGCAUGUUUUUGAACCCUUCAGAGAGAAAGUAUCCAAUGGUACAGGCAAUUGAAAAGCGGAUUUCAGUCUUUUCCCAAGUGCCUGUAGAAAAUGGGGAGCUGAUACAAGUUUUAAGGUGGGGCUCUGACUUAAUUAUCUCUUCAGCAAAAUGUUGGGAAUGAAAAAAAUCUCUUUAAAUAAUUGUUUACAAAGAUGAAGACUGAUAUGCUUUAUUAUCAAGGCUAACAUCUAACGCAGCACAGGUAUGAACAGCAUCAGUUUUACAAGCCUCACCAUGAUUACUUUUCUGACACUUUCAACCUGAAACGUGGUGGUCAGCGAAUAGCAACAAUGCUUAUGUAUUUAAGUGAUGGUGUUGAAGGGGGAGAAACGUAUUUUCCUAUGGCUGGUUCAGGUGAAUGUAGCUGCGGUGGCAAGACCAUGAAAGGGAUGUGUGUAAAACCAAUCAAAGGAGAUGCAGUGCUUUUUUGGAGCAUGGGACUAGAUGGACAGUCAGAUCCAAAUAGCAUACACGGAGGGUGUGAGGUAUUGUCUGGGGAGAAGUGGUCAGCAACAAAGUGGAUGAGGCAGAGACCUACUACCUGAUUUUAAUUUUUGCCUGUUUCGUUCAUGCAGUCUAAAACGCCUUCAAAUUCCACGAAAGUACUGUAGUGUAGUUGCAUGUAUUCCAGAUUCGAAAUAUCAAUUACAAAUCAUCUUAUACAGAGAUAGUGAUGUAUAGGUUGACGGUAAGCAUAUUUUGAACAUUUGAUCUAGUAACAAUGUUGUUCUUGCUUACCAGGCCUUCUCCGAGCUUCGAAGGCUAUAGACAUUGCUCUAGUAUGGACUUCCUGUAAACUUUCAUCCAAUUCCAUUUUUAA